GCUUUAAGCUGACCGCUAUAUUGAUCAAGUUAGAUUUUAUAAGGACGCACGUUGAUAAGAUCUUUCGUAUUUGCUAGUUCCGCGAAAAGUUUUUUGCUAUUAUAACAUUUGUUGUGACAGAUUUUGGCAAUAAGUUCUUUCAUUCGGUCACCGUCGUAAUUGUUCGCCUAUGACGUCAUUUGUGCAUUACACAAGCGUCAUCGCUUAGUCUGUUUUGUGGAAAAUUUUUAUAGGAUUCGUGGUGUGCGGAAUAGAAUCGAGUCGUCUAUAUUAUCUUUUUUGUUGUGUUUUUUUUUUUGGUUAAACACAGGUGCAAAAGUAAUUUCGUACUGUGCGCAUAUUUUUUCUCCUACCUGUGAAAGUUACGCGACAGUGUUUUCACUCGCGGCCAAGUCACUUUCGGUGUUAAGCAAAGUAACACAGAGUGUUAUUUAUCUCCCAUCAUACAUCAUUGCACCAAAUCUGUAUUUAUUAUGGAGCGACAGUAACAUAUUUUUGUAAGCACAUUGUUAAAUUUUCCAAGUAAAAUAUAUAUAAAAAAAAGGUGCUACAAGUUUAUAUCAAGAUGUCCAUGCAACAAUUCUGUUUGCGGUGGAAUAAUCAUCAACCAAAUUUCAUUUCUGUGUUCUCAAAUUUAUUAAAUAAUGAAACAUUAGUGGAUGUUACAUUAGCUGCUGAAGGCAGACAUCUUCAAGCACAUAAAGUUGUACUAUCAGCAUGUAGUACAUAUUUCCAAUCGUUAUUCACAGUUAAUCCAUGCCAACAUCCGAUUGUUAUACUAAAAGAUGUUAAAUUCUCUGAUCUCAAAAUCAUGGUAGAUUUUAUGUAUUAUGGAGAAGUUAAUAUUUCUCAAGAUCAAUUACCAUCUAUUAUUAAAACAGCAGAAAGUUUGAAGAUAAAAGGUCUUGCAGAAAUGCAUACAGCUUCAUUAACUAAAUGGCCAAGUAGUAGUAGCGAACAAGGAGCUGCUGAUCGUGGGGAAUCAUGUUCUCCCAGUCCAUCUCCUCUUUCUCCAUCCUUCAGACGAAAGAGAUUGAGAAAAACAUCGACAGGAUCGACAUCUGGAUCUGGAGACAAAACGGAAGAAAUUAAUGAGAUUACAUUGGUUGCUACUAACAUUGUAAAACCUGAACCAUUGAUUGUAUCACAAGAAAGUGGGGAAAAUGUAAGGAGACCGGUGAACACUAGUACAGAGUCACAAGGAAGUAUCGAUGAAGAUCAAAUAUCAAUAAUGAGUAAUAUGGAAAGUAGUUCUACAACAAUGCCGGCACAAAGUGAUACUACAAUACAAAAUGUGAAUCAACCAUCGAGUGGAAAUGUAGCACAAAGUUCUGUUUCUUCUCAACCACCGGCACAUCAAGGAUUACAAUGGACUAUUAUGGAGCACACAUAUCCACGUUUCGCUCUGUCCUCGUGUCAAACGAAUCUGUCGAUCCAAGCGUCAUCAGCGUUUACAACGCCUGAAAUAACAACUUCUUCGACGAUCAGCGAUCAGUACUCUGGUACCAGCACCACUGGUUCCAGUUGUGCCCUGACGAGUUAUCCAAAUUCCUCGUCGCAUGGGGGGACAUCAACGUUACAGCAUACAUCAGCAUCAAGUGCUCCACCGCCAUCCUCAACACAGUGUCCGAGUAACUGCCAAAGUCCCUGCGCCAGUCCCCAAACGGCGAUUAAAAGGAAAAGAUCAACAAAUCCACAAGCUGAUGAGAACUUUAUUAGAGCUCUCGAUGCAGUGCGAUACGGUGGUAUAGGCUUUUGUAAAGCUGCCAGAAUGUUCGGUGUAAAUAAUCGAACGCUUUGGCUCGAGUACAAGAAACGUGGUUAUCCUAAUAAUCGACCUAGCUUAAAGUCAAGAGUGAAACAGGAAGUUAAUUCUUCACCACCGCCUGCGGCACAAUCGGCCCAACCUGUAAAUUCGCAAAGUCCAACGCCCAUGGGGCCGCCUUCGACUCCACACAGUACACACAAUACCCACAGCACUCAUACUAUGUUAACCACUCAUAGUCCUCAUACCAUGUUAAGCGGUUAUAUCGAUAGUAGGCAUACGGACUAUGCACUUCCGAAAUAUAUAUAUAUAUAUACAUACAUACAUAUAUAUAAAGUGGCUGGAUCAAAGAGAGGUCGUUUAUUGAUGCGCCAGCCAAGAGUUAAGAAGGAACCAUCUCAUUUGUCACCGGACAACGAUCCAAAUUCACCUCACAUCGUAUCCUCGUCGAUUCAUCUGACAGCACAAACAUUGAAUGUUCCUCAAUUGUCACGUACCUGGGAAGAAUCAAGGAGUUCACCGCCACCUUCGAUUUUGGUCACACAAUCGAAUCUUUUAACAGUUACGACACCGACAAAUCUAUUAAGUGUUCCUCAACCGUCCUACUUGACUAAACAACAUUCUCAUCCACUUUUGUCGAGUCAACAGUCAAGUACCAGUGGCAAUUAUUUGAUACAAAGGCAACAUUCAAAUCCUGAAUUUCCCGGAAGGACUACGAGUCCAUCGAUAGUAGUAGAGCCAGCACCUAUUGUUAAAACGGAAGAUGAUGUCAAAGAUGUUAACGUUACCGAGGAACCUAUACCUAGUACGACGAAUGCUGGAAGUAGUAGUAGUAGUAGUAGUAAUAGUGGUGGUAACAAUACAACUGGCAACAAUACUCAAUCUGGUGGAUUAAGGAUCAAGACAACUGAACUUAGGCGGAGUUCCUCUUCGCCACAGACGACCAGUAGAGAAUCCAGAGAAGGUACAGGCGGAGAUCUACGAUUAGGUCAUUGUCCAGUAUUACGUCCUGGUCCAGCUUUAGGUUGCAAUCAUUGCUGGAAUACUAUGGAUGCUCAUAGAAGAAUUCUAAGAAGGAAAACCAAGUACCAUUGUCCAGAAUGUCAAAUCAAUUUAUGCAUCGUACCAUGUUUUCAGGAAUUUCACGAACAACGUCGUGAAUUGAUAUCGAAAUUGAAACCCUUACCAAAAACUAGCUCCGUUUAAUAUAACACCCUUUUCUUUUUCUUUUUCUUUUUUUCUUUUUUUUUUUUCGUUUUUUUUCACUCUCUUCUUUUUUCUCUCUUUUUUCUUUUUUCUUUUUUUUUUUUUUCCUUUCUUUAAUUUAUUUUAUUCCCGUAGGAUAAACUCGGCUGAUUUUAUUGUUACGUGUAUUAUAUGUACGUAUGUAUGUGUUUAAGAGCACGCUUUAAAUUUUGAAAUCACGUCGAACGUGAAAAAGUCGUGUGAAAAUUGUAUCAAUUCGAAGGAACCCUUUUUUCUACGACGAAAAUAA